AUCAAUAUGGAUAAGAUCUCCCAGCUCUCACUUUUGACUUUGACUUUGUGCGCGUGACGCACGUACGUGCGCACAGGAAUCGUGUGAAAAGAUGUAAUAUAUAAUUUGAAUAGUUUAUAAUUCGUUAAAAAUUUUUUGCGAUCACAAAAAGUUCUAAAUGGCAAACCAGCGCGUAUAUAUGCGUACAUUACGAUCUUUCGCGAAUGAGUUUUGUGUGCGCACAUUUGUAUUCAGCUGUUCUCUGUGAUAUGUUGGAUAAUUCCUUUAUUUUAUACAUACUGUAGAGUGUAGAUAAUGUGAUUUACCAACCAAAUUAUCGGACGUUUUUUAUCUCUCGUGAAUGACUGAUUAAGUAAGAAAAAGAACAUGGAAACGACACAUGAAACAUUCGUUGUAAGAAAUAAAAUAAAAAGUUAUAUCUUAUAAUUUUCAGUCUGGAAAGAAAGAUCAACGUAUGAUGAUGUGGCAGAGAAUAUUAACAAUGGAUGUACAUGCAACAACUGAGGUUGUCACUUGGUUAGAAAAGUACUUACCUUUGGAACAAUUAAAAAUACAUUAUCAGUUGCUAGAGAUAUCAUGUCACGGCUUACCUUGGUUAAUAAUUACUCUCAUGUUACUUAUCUUUGAAGAUGAACAUUUUGAAUUGCAAAUGAAUCUUCUGAUAGGAUUGCUGCUGGAUAUUGCGGUGAUUGGUACACUCAAGGCGAUUGUAAAAAGGAAAAGACCAGCUCCUAUUGACGACCCACUUGCUGUGGGUCCUGAUGUUUAUUCUUUCCCAUCAGGACACGCUUCUCGUUCUGCGUAUCUUGUGUAUUUCUUCCUUCGUAUCUCGCCAAUAGCAUUAAUAUAUAUUCCACCUUUAUUAGCAUGGUCCUUUUACGUAUGUAUGUCCAGAUUGUUAUUGAAAAGACAUUAUAUAUUUGAUGUGUAUGUCGGAGUGCUUUUGGGUGUAAUGGAAGGUCUGUUCGUACAUUAUAUUUAUUUGGAUAGAAAAACAUGCACAUAUGCCAUUCACAAAGUAACGAAAUUGUUUGGAUUAGUUGGAAAAUAGACAUCUUUCACUAGAUGUUGUCUUUUAAAUAGCAUUUGUUUAUAUUUGACUGUGAACAGAUGAAAUAUGCAUUUAAGCGUGUAUGGUGAAAUGUUUGGUGAUAUUUUUAUUUUAUUGUUUAUGUGCAAGUGGAAAUUUUUUUAUAAUCGCGAAUGGAUAAUUUACUAACAUUGGGAAACCAAAAAUUUGUUAGAAUUCUCAAUUUUUUUGUAUCAUUGGUAAAUACGAGGUCCAUGUAAGUUAACAAAAACCCUGAAGGUGACAAAGAAUGUGUGAAAAAGUGUAAAACAGGGUUCGAUAAAUUUAUAUAAAAUAAUAAAAUUGUAUACAAAUAAAAAUUAUAUAU